AUGUACUGCAGAUCGGCCUCAGCCAUUAUCCUAACUUAUGAUGUUAGCAAUAUGCAGAGCCUUCUGGAGCUUGAAGACCGCUUCCUAGGCCUCACUGACACAGCCAACAGCGAUUGCCUCUUUGUUGUGGUGGGAAAUAAAGUUGACCUGACUGAUGGCAAUGAAGGGGAUAAAGAAUUUGAGGGUGAAAGACCUCGCACCAGUAGUACUUCCAAAGUUCGUAAGCAGGUUAAUUCAGAAGAUGCCCAUGCCCUAUAUAAACGCAUAAUGAAAUACAGAAUGGUGGAUGAAAGCUACGCACCUGCUGCAGAGAAGAUGUGUUUUGAAACCAGUGCAAAGACUGGACACAAUGUCGAUGUACUAUUUGAGAGUGUUUUCAACAUGGUUAUACCAUUGAUCAUGAAGAAGAAAGCCAAUGGACCAGAUGACACAGUCAAUCUUUCACAGAGCAGUAAUGAGAAACCGCCCAAAAAUGGCUGCUGUUAA